UGCUGUACCGGUGCAGGUUGACGUAGCGGAGUGUCUGUGUGUUAUUCGGUGUGUACCGUCGGGCUUUGCCACAAUAAACAGCCGUUAUUAAAGGUCAGAACCGCGGAUCGGUGCUCAGUGUGAACAUGGAGGAGAAAGAAGAGACUGUGGCGGUGAAACGGACCAGUUCGGAGCAAAGGAAGCUGCGUUCUCGUGAUGCAGCCAGAUGUAGGCGAAGUCAGGAGACCGAGGUGUUUUAUGAGCUCGCCCGCACUCUGCCGCUCCCCCGUCGAGUUUCCACCCACCUGGACAAAUCUGCCAUCAUGAGAGUCUCCCUCAGCUUCCUGUGGAUGCAGCGCCUCCUCCGAUCCGCAGGUGAGACUAAGAAAGAGGAAGAGAAGGAAGAGGAAGAGGAGGAGGAAGAGGAGGAGGAAGAUCCAAUGGACACUUUUUAUCCUCAGGCGCUGGCUGGCUUCAUCAUGGUGAUCACUGAGGAGGGAGACAUGAUCUACCUGACAGAAAGCGUCAGCAGACACAUCGGCAUCACACAGCUGGACCUGCUGGGCCACAGUAUUUAUGACUUUGUUCAUCCCUGUGAUCAAGAGGAGCUCAGAGACCUGCUGACUCCGCGUCCAGGUUCGAGUAAGAAACCGCAGACAGAGCAGCCGAGUGAGAGGAACUUCUUCCUGCGAAUGAAGAGCACUCUGACCAGCAGGGGGCGCACCGUCAACAUCAAGUCUGCUUCCUGGAAGGUUCUCCACUGCACAGGUCACAUGCGUCCAUUUGGUGGCGGCUCCACGUCGCCUCCUGCACCCAGAGUGAUGACUCUGCUGUGCGAGCCCAUCCCUCACCCGUCCAGCGUGGAGUUCCCUCUGGACACCCACACCUUCCUCACCCGCCACACCAUGGACCUGCGCUUCACCCACUGCGAGGGCAGGGUGACAGAGUUGGUGGGAUACAAACCUGACGAUCUGAUUGGUCGCUCGGCUUACCAGUUUCAUCACGCGCUCGACUCUGAUCACAUCAACAAGAGCCUGCACACAUUGCUGUCCAAAGGUCAGGUGAGCACCAGCCAGUACCGUUUCCUGGCGAACAGCGGCGGUUUCGUCUGGGCGGAGACCCAAGCGACCGUCCUCUACAGCAGCAAGACAUCACAGCCCGAGGCCGUCGUCUGUCUCAACUUCAUCCUCAGCGCUGUGGAGCAGCCAGAUGUUGUUUUCUCCAUCGAGCAGCUCCGUUGUGGUCAGGCUGAAACACACUCAGCAGUGCCUGCAUCAGAGGAUUCUGGGACUUCUGACAUGCAUGACUCUGACAGUGAGUGUCUCGCCAGCUCCGAUCAAACUGAGGACGCGAGUUCAAGUACCAGCAGCGCUGCAGACCUCUUCUUCAAGCUGAAAGAGAAGCCGGAGGAGCUUCUCCAGUUGGCUCCCGAGGCCGGAGACGUCAUCGUGCCGCUGACAGAUAUUGUUGAGCUGUCCUUCGUCAGUCUGUCCACUCAAGACUCGGUGCCGGACCACCCGCAGGAUCUGUGCACUCCACAGCUGCGACAGCUCCUCUCGCCCAUCUUCAACUCAACAUCAUCAUCACCAUCACCAUCACCAUCACCAUCACCGACCUCCUCUGCUGAUCCUGAGCCGAGCUCCAACGAGGAGGAGGUGAUGGACACCAGCGAGGUGGAGAAGUUCUUUGCUGUCUGGCCAGACGAUGGUCAGAAGAAAGAAGGAGAAACACUGGAGGGGAUGGAUCUGGAGAUGUUGGCUCCUUACAUCUCGAUGGACGAUGACUUCCAGCUGACCUUCCUCAGCAGUUUGCCAGAGGAAGCCGACAAAUCUUCGUCCUCUUCAUUUGAAUCCUCUGCAGUGACGCCUGCAGUCAAAGUGAACAGGAAACGGACCCACAACCCGGAUGAGGAGCUGCUGUCCCAGCUGAUGAUUCAGGACAAGAGACAGAAACAUGAUGCUUCCUCAAUAGAAGAGGAACUUCUCCUCAGCCACAGAUUGCUGGGCUGUCUGGACGAAACCGACCAAUCAGAUUUGGUCCUGGACCCGGGACCGGGAGGGCGGAGUCAGCUGCUCACAGACAAAGACCCACUUUUAGGAGGCAUACAGGGACUCUGUGAUACUGCAGCUCUGAUGAGGGACAUAUUCAUACCUCGCCCACCUGACCUGUCGCCACUGCUCUCGCCUCUGACUUGACCGCGUCCCUUUCAAUCAAGAGUUGCUCUCGACUUCUUCUACACUCAAAAGCGAGAAAGUCGACGCCGGAUCUGUCUGGAAAAAAAACAACAACCUGAGUGCACACAUACAAACGCAACACACCACAAACACGUACGCACACGAAUAUAAAACUCACACACGCUGCGUAGCCAUGACGCGAGGUCGGACGUGACCUCGUUGCUUGUAGCUGAACCAGGACGGUCAUUUAUGUCUGGUGACGUGUUGUAAGGCAGGUGGGAGGUGCUGUUCGCUCUCUUAAACCCAUCGCUGCCCAGUCGCUUGUUUUCCGUCGACAUUUACACUGAUUUUAAUGUGAGAAACCAUCAUUGUGGUUAGUCUGUUUCAUGGAAGCAGCAGCAGGCGGUGCUAAAAUUCUGAUGUAAAAGAUUUAAGAAAUCCUACAUUGAGACAAAUCUGGUAAUUAUUUCUCUGGGCAGCUAAAUUCAAUUUAUCCCAGCUUUCCAGGUUUAUCACAUUUCAUUUGUUUUUAGUGCUUCUACCAUUUUUAAACAAGUCCUGCACAGGAACUCCCAUAAUGCUUUGCUUUGAGCCAACAUCCAUACACAUGAACAGUCUUCUGCUGUUAUUAUUUCCUUUUUGUGUCAAAUUACACAAACAAACUAGCGAAAUAUCAGUGGCAUCGUUUAUUUCAGUGGCAUAUUUGUACGUCUUUUUAUACACUCAAUGCUAAACCUUUUCAAAUAGUACAUGUAUCAGAAAGGUAGGACUUGUUGUUACCGUGUUAUUGAAGAGUUAACAAUCGUCUGGUGUUUGUUUUAAUCAUCCUGAGGUGCCAGGUGGGUGGGGUUUACCUCAUCUAACACUCCCUGUAAGCUAAUGUGAGGCGAUUAAUCAAAGUGGACUAAAACAAACCAUAAAUCAGCUGUUUGAUUUAAACAUAUAGUCUGAUUAACUUACUGAAGCCAUUAACAUUAAUGAGACAAACAGUAGAGUUAGCUUGUUUAUAUACUCAUUAGAAAUGUAAUUAAGCUACACUAGUAUUCUUUUUUUUUUGUCAUGUAUGAGUUUGAAUUGAAAACAAAUUGUGCCUCAGCAUAUAUGAGCUGAAUGUCUAAAUUGUAUUUUUUUUAGUUGCAGUGCUCGAUGAAAUAUUGUGAUGCUACUACACUGUCUGAGAUGUGGAGGAUUGUUUUUAUUCGGCCAUAUUUUCUACAUAUAAACCCUGAAACUGCCUAAUUCAAUGUAAACGGACAUUUGUUUAAACAUGUUCUUCCAGAGUUCUCUGUGCCUUUUUUAUCAUCCAGUGAAAAGAGGUUUCAUUAAAAGGUUUUCUCCAUCCUGUUUCAUCUUUUACCUUACGCACAAGAUCUGAUCUAAUGAGAACAUUUAAUCUUGCUGUUUCUACGGUUUAUCCUGUAUGUAUUCUUGAGCUAAAUAAAAAAAAGAGGUUGAAGCAAAA